UAAUCUUCUCGGGGUGCAGCCAUGCCUGCGAUCUAAGUCUGAAGAAUCUGGUCUCGCUUGCUUAACCUGUUACUGAAGGAAAGGUUAAAGAAAAAUGAUAUAGAAAGAGACUGACAACUCUGAAAGACAGAUACAGGAAGACAGGAGGGAGAAAAAGACAACUUAAAGAUGUCUGACUGAGGAAAAUGGACUCGGUUAAAUCCAGUAAUCCGUCAAAAGGACCGGAAGUGAUCAAUGUCAUGGUCCCAGAGGAAACUGCCCUCGGUGACAAGAGUGACGGACAGCGGGAGGAAAUGAAGGAGGCAGACACAGACACUCCUGAUGGAGCAGUUGCAGUACCAUCAGUCGCUCAGCGGAGGGCACGACAGAAACACAGAUACAACACCGUCGGCUACCAGAAAAAGAAGCAGAGGGCAGCUGUGGACUUUUCUACAGUGAGCAAGGGAACAUCUGCCGGGGUGAAGAGCAGGGGUGCAUUAAAGCAGGUGCUUUUUAGCCAAGGAGUGUCUGACAAAAAUAGCACAUUUGAGGACCGAUCGGGUGCUGUACAGGGGCAGGUGGACGCACUGAAACAGGUUCUGGACUCUUUCAGCAUCCCUGCGGACCUGAGGUGGACAUGGGGGGAGGGAGGUACUGAGAGAGCCCUGGAAAAGAGCUGGACAGACAUAGUGCACUCUCAUCAGUCUAUGUCUAGACCCGAGCGGCACCAGCAGGAGGCGCUGUGGGAGCUUCUGAAUACUGAGCUCACCUACAUCAACAAACUCACUAUUGCCAAAGAACUCGUUUUGGCAGCCCUGUCACACUGUCACAGAUAUGGAUUUCUUCAGGAAGUAAGCCCCACAAUGCUCUUUUCCAAUCUUCCUUCUAUCCUUGAUGCACAUCGACUUUUUUGGCAUGAAGUGAUGUAUCCAAUGUUACAAGAGGUCCGUCUCACUGGAAGGCCUUUUGACCCUCUCAGACUUGAGGCAGGAUGUUUGCAGUUUCCUGACCAUUUUCCUGCAUACUUUGAAUACUGUUUGGAAGAAGAGAGGAAUGUGGAGUUUACACGGAGACAGCUUAACACUAACCCACAAUUUUACACUUAUCUUACGUGGGUGGAGAAUCAUCCUCAGUGUGGGCGAAUGAGACUGGGUGAUAUGCAGGCCAAACCACACCAGAGGAUCACCAAGUACCCUCUUUUGCUGAAAGCUGUUCAAAAGAACACAGAAGACCUCCCCACCAAAAACGCACUUGAAAGAAUGUUGAACGCUGUCAAUAAUUUUCUGGAAUCGAUCAAUAAUUAUAUGCAACUGAGAGACGAUACCCUGGCCCUUUCUGCCGCUGCUCAAAGAAUAGAGGGAUACAAGAUAGAAGGUCUGAGUGAAGAAGUAGACAAGUAUGUUCGUGACUUCUGCUGCUUUGAUUUGAUGAGCCCGGUGAAGGGGGUGGGGCCAAAUGUCAUACGGAAGCAAUUAAUGGAAGAAACUUUGAAAGUCAAAGUAAGAAAAGACACCAAGGAGUUUGUGGUCCUUCUCUUCACUGAUGUAUUACUGAUGACCAAAAUGCAGAAGAAAUCAGACAAGCUGAAGGUAGUUCGCCCCCCUCUGCCUCUGGAGAGAUUAUACUGCAUUGAGCUCAAAGAUGGAUAUUCGUUUAUGCUGGUGGAGGUUGGUGAUCUAGGCUGUGCUGUCAGUGUGAACUUCCUGUCCACACCCAGUCCAGACAGCUGCGCGUCAUGGGUGUCUGCUCUGCGUGAGACUCAGGCGGCCUUAGAGACUUUGAGGAAAAAUGAGACAAACAAAACACUGAAGACAACAAGUACGACAGAGUUUGGAGAAUCAGAUUCCAUUCAGGACGAACUGGCUAAAAACGUCUCAGAGGAUCCUGAUGGCCAAUCAGUAUCUGACAGAUCUGAUAGUGAUACUGAGUCAGCUGAGUCAUUGAGGCUAUAUGCUUUACCUAGGCCCCAGUCUGACCCAGAACUGUUGAUGGAUGUAGAGCAAAGUAAAGUUCAGCAGCUGGCAGAGGACAGGAACUCUCCACUGAUUGGUCAGUGGAACGAUCAGAGCCAAUCAGCUCAUGAAGACGUUGCGCCAAAGACGGAAGAAGGGAGAGACAAGAAUUUUAGUAGGCAGUUGGAAGAGAAAGAGGCCCCAUUUAAAAACAUUUCAGAAAGGAGAGUUACAUGGAAUCGUAGACGACGAUCAUCUGCAAAUGACAUUACACAACACGACCAGUCAAAUGGAACACACUCAUUGUUUCCUGGUGGAGAUGUGGAGAAAAAUGGCACUUCUAGCCAAUUCCUGCCAAACAAACCAAUUGCAGAAACAUGUGAACCAAUGCAUCAGGAUUCAGAUGAUGACUCUCAAGAAAUCAGGACGAACUCUUUGUAUAGUCAGUCAGAUGACGAUGGGUUCCUCACAGAAUCAGGGAGGUUCUCCAGGAAACUGAAGUCUCCUCGCAUUCAGAGGAGACGUGCAAAUCAUUUGCAACCAUCUGUUCUCUCACAUAGUCCCAGGACAUCCGACGCUUGCGUUAAACCCCAGGAUUCCCACCGAGUGCUAAAGCUGGGAUCUCUUAAAAACAACCAUGGGGCGUUAUGGAAUGUUCCUGAAAAAAGGUGGUCACCAGACCCUGAGACGCACUUUGAAUCUGAGCAGACUCAUGAUGGAAGCUUUCGAAAGAAACCAAUCAAACUAAAGCCACAGAGAAGUGCCUCCAUCCCAAAGAUCAGCUCACCUCAGAGUCCCCUGCUGCCUUCUCACAGACGCAGCCCCUCGCCCCCUCCAGGCCCGGACCCCCAGUUUCACCCUUCUCCACUCCAGGACGUGCUGCAGAGGGCGAAGGACCGGGAAAAAGUACGUGGACUGGGAAGAAGAGAGGGAAAGAUUAAAAAUUCUCCUACUGUCUCCGCCUGUCCGUCACCGUCGGUCAGUGAAGGAGAGAGAGAGGCAGAAAGAGAGGAUGCUGCAGUACCUGGUGUGAUAUCUGCACAUGGAUGGAGAGAGGGGAAUGUGGAUGGAAGUGAGGAUGAGAUGAAAGAGAGCAAUAAUGUCCUAGAGGGCAUCAGCGUGGACUGGCCAGGCUGGUGUUUUGAUGAUGAAGAGGUUUUUGACUUUGAGGACUUUGACAAUGAAGACUGGCUUAACAAGAAACUGACCACAAAUGCGCCCCAGAGAAAGACGAAACCAUCAGAGAGGCAAGAUGAAAUAGAAUGUAGUGAAGUGUAGUCUAUUAGGUGUGUAGAGUUGUGUGAAAAGUGUUUGGAGAAAUGUAAUAUAUAUAUAGUUCUGGGCAUUGUUUAAUUAUUAUGUAGCAGGACUAUUAUAGUCAAAUAUAUUUGAUAGAUACAUUUGAGAGUUUUUUUUAUUAACAUUGUGUCUAUUAUUAUUAUUAUGUUUAUUGCUAUGUAUUUGUGUACAGAAAGUUUACUCUGUAUUAAGAAACCUUUUUUAUAACUUGUAUUUUCUGUGCAUAAGAAAUCUAAAUAAUUAAAUUAAGACAUGAGAACUUGUUUAAAUGUU